UAUCGCAGACGUAUCAAACAUUUUAUCAGGACAUACAAAAUUUUCUUUUAGCGUUGAAAACAUUUUGCUAUGGAUCAAACUGAGAGCCUUCCAGUUCUGUAUAUUCGAGCCAGAAGUCACUACGAUGUAGGCUUUUCUAUUGGCACUACCUUCAAAGGAUGGAUUCAGGACUACAUGGACACUUCAAACGAAUUUAAGCAGUAUAGAACGUUUUACAACGGAAAGGAAGGACAAAGGUUAGUUGAUCAGUACAUGUCAACCGGCCGUACGUCCCAUUCGAAUGUUAUGUCAGAAAUCCAGGGCAUGGCGGAUGGGGCGGAAGUGAAGUUUGAAGAGCUUUUUCUGUUGCAGAUUUCAUCAGAACUAAAGUUUUGUGACUUGAAAGAAAUGUUUAGAAGAACGGAUGACAAAGAAAAUGGUGAGAAAGGAUGCACUGAUGUUCUGGUUAAUAGAAAACAAUGCAGGAUUAUCGGACAUAACGACGACUGGACAGAAGACGUGUCUUCCCGCGUUUAUAUUGUGCACGUGACUAUAGCAGACGAGAAAGAGCGCGUGAUUGAGCAGUUUGUAUCUUUCAGCUACCCGGGUUAUUUAACAGGAUUUUGCUUUGGAAUGAAUAAGUCUCUGGUAAUAAGCCUGAACUCAUUAUCACCAAAGAAAGCAAAUAGGACAGGAGUUCCCUUGGCAAUACUGCUGCGUUCACUACUCGCGUGUAAUACCAUUGAAGAAUGUUCUUCUGCCAUGGAAAGUAAACCGUAUGGAUGUGCUUACGGGAUGAAUAUAAAUAUUGCCGCUAUUAAUGGAACCAACAUGUGCUCGAUGGAAGUAUAUCCACUGCAGGUAAUAGAUCUACUUAUAAAUAAUAAAACAGAUGAUGAUGAUGAUGAUGAUGAUGAAAGGUUGGUACAAGAAUGUUUCUUUCCACUACUGGUGGACAUCCAUCAAUUCAUAAAAAAAUUCGUUUAAGGGUCACUUCAUGUUGUUGCCUUUUGGUCCCUAAGCGCUGUCAAGCGAAACAGCUGCAUGGAACAAUCUCGUGAAAGGCAUUUCCAAGGACGUUACAGAUCAAGUACAAUGUAAGUGAAAUAUCCACUGAAGAAGUUGUUUAAAGGUUUUGCAAGUUUUAUUGCUGACUGAUAUACGCUGUCAAAGGGAACUAUUUGAUCAAACAAGACUGAGGUCAAUGUCAUGACGCUACAGGCCAAGUUUGAU